CCCCAAGUCAUCUGCCACAAUAAACAUUCCGCUGUCAGCCAAUCCACGGCUGUACUGAAGUAGUCACUGGCACAUAGAGACCGUUGCAGAUACAGACAAAUAUUUACUUUUAAAUACGGUUCUUCUAUUAUUUGCCACAAUCGAGAACCUGUCUGAGUAAUAACGAAUUUGACCCGGAGUCGUAAAGGCUGUGCAGGGUGAAGUCGGGGGAGACGGACAGGAAAAAAACAAAGAUGGCUGUGUAGCCAGAGAGACGAGUCCCAGCAGAACUGUCUCUAGCCGCAGCUUUAAUCACCGACAGGUCCCGUGGGUCCCGUGGACAGUCAGCCGGUACCGAAGCAGGGACGUUUGAUGAGCAGCCGAGCUGGGCCGCUGGUCUAGCUACAUCGGUGUUAGCUGCUGUCAUUACGAAUAACGGCGUCGAGUGUACAACAACAGCUGAGAGACGCCUGAGUUGUUUUUGUUCUGCAAGGGGAGAGAGGACUGCUGUGUUUGUGUCAACGUAGCUAGCCGCAUAGUCUGCUAGCCUCACUGUAAGUCAACAAAACUAGUCAACGCUUUGCACAUGAUCUCGUUAUUACACAAUCAUUGGCUUGUCAAAUUCCAAGCGCGUAACGUUAACUGGAGCGGGACAUUAACAGCGAUAAUAAGUUAGCCUGCAUUCCUUUCUGACAGCCUGCUGCCGUAGCGUUAGCCUUGCUAGCGUUAGCUAACGUUAUCUGUCAGCUGACCGUUAGCUUGACAGGUUGUAAGCUAACCCUGAGCUAACCUGCUAAUAUUUCGGGCUCAGUCUGGUCGCGGCAGGUACAUCUCAGAAAUUUCUAGACAUCAUAAUGUCUUCACUGGAAGAGAGAGACGGGGGCGUUGUGGCCGCCCCUGGCUCCUCCUCAGCCGGUUUGGGGGUCGGGGCCGUGGGGGCAGCGGUGGAGGCUGUCGCUGGGGUCGCAGCCAUGCAGGAGGAGGUCGGGAUACGACGAGAAGGGCCCGAGCCUGACCCAGACGAGCCACCCAAGAAGAGGGCGAGAUUGCCCGACGGAGAGUCAGGAAAGCUGGAGGAGAGACUGUACUCAGUGCUGUGCUGCACCGUGUGCCUAGACUUGCCCAAGGCUUCUGUAUAUCAGUGUACCAAUGGACACCUGAUGUGUGCAGGCUGUUUUAUCCACCUCCUUGCUGAUUCUCGUCUCAAGGAGGAACAGGCCACGUGUCCCAACUGCAGGUGUGAAAUCAGCAAGAACUUGUGCUGCAGGAACCUUGCAGUGGAGAAGGCUGUCAGUGAGCUGCCGACAGAAUGUACCUUCUGCCUAAAACAGUUCCCCCGCUCCAGCUUAGAGAGACACCAGAAAGAGGAGUGUCAAGACAGGGUGACACAGUGUAAGUACAAGAGGAUUGGCUGUCCUUGGCAAGGUCCAUUCCACGAGCUGCCAGCACAUGAGAGCGAGUGCUCCCAUCCCACUAAGACUGGUACAGAGCUGAUGGGAAUACUGGGAGAGAUGGACCAGAACCACCGCAGAGACAUGCAGCUCUAUAACAGCAUCUUCAGCCUGCUCUGCUACGAAAAGAUUGGUUUUACAGAAGUGCAAUUCAGGCCGUACCGAACGGAUGACUUCAUCACUCGUCUGUACUAUGAAACACCGCGCUUCACUGUUCUCAACCAGACGUGGGUGCUGAAGGCCCGUGUUAACGACUCUGAACGCAACCCCAACCUGUCCUGCAAGCGCACCCUCUCCUUCCAGCUCAUCCUCAAAAGCAAGGUGAACUCGGCCCUGGAGUGCUCCUUCCUGCUGCUGAAGGGGCCGUAUGACGACGUGCGGAUCAAGCCGGUCAUCCACCACCACUCCUUCUGCAACGACGCCAAUGAGACCGACUACGUCCCUCUCCCCAUCUCCGAUUCGGUGGAGUGCAACAAACUGCUGGCCGCCAAAAACAUCAACCUGCGCCUGUUCAUCUUCCAAGUCCAAAAAUAAAGAGUUGGGGAAGAGAAGGAGGAGGAGGAGGAGGAAUAAGAAGAAUGGUGAUGGAGGGCGAGGGGCUGGGAGAGAGGAGUGAUGAAGAUUAAAGAAAGACACCACUGAACCACUGAUACCUCUUUAUACACACACACACACACACACAAACAUACUCUCACA